GUCAGAAUAAAUUAGUAAUAUUUAAAAAAAAUUAAAAAAAAAAACACUCUCCAUUCAGGUUUUGUAUUACAUUAUUAAUUAUUACAUAUAGUUACGUGAUUAAAAAAACAUGACUCGCUAAAAAUGAACAUUUCAAUUUUGCUUGGUUGUGUAUAGUGAAUUAACAAAUUUUCAAAAUUAUGCCACGUUAUUGGAUGAAUUUGGCACAAUGAAGGAUAUUUUGGAUAAUAUUUCGGAGACAAAUAUAGAUUAUUUUAAUAAUGACGAGACAACAUUUAAAAGAAAGAAACCUUAUAAUAAAUUAUUGUCAUACGCCGACGAUAUUGAUGACGAGGCUCAAAAAAAAUUUACAACAAUCAAGACAAAUCUUGGACGUGCUGUUAUGCUUAGAGAAAUUUAUCCAGGAUGUCUUGAAGCAACAUACAAUUUAUAUGUAUAUAUAAAUAUGUAUGGAAAGGAUUUUAGUAAAGAGGAUCAUAUUUUACUAAUAAAAUUAUAUUACGAAUUGGCAACAAUUCCAGAUUUAGAGCCUCAAGCUGUUAAAUCAUUUUUGCGAAUUUUGCAUCUAUUAUUAAAAAAAAUUGAAUUAAUUCCACAAGAUGAAUUGGAACUUGAUUGGCGUCCUCUUUACGAUCUAUGGGAGAGAACAAUGGAAAAUCGAUUUGCACGUUACGGAAUGUAUCGACAAAGUCGUAAUAUGAAUGCAAUAAUGGAAAAUGCAAUUCAUGUGAUGAAAAACUAUUUUCCCUUAAAUGCAACGAGGGAAAUUCUCGAUGAAUUAAGACCAAAAUUAUAUGUGUUCGAUGGUAAAGUUAUAAAUACAACAAUUAAAAAAGCAAUGUUAUUUUUACCCGAAUUAUUACCACGACAACAUCUUGAUAAAGGACAUGAAUUAUGGUUUAUUGAAUUUAUGGAAUUUUGGGAAAAUUUUCAUGACGCUAAUAAUUGGGAAAUUGAUAUGAUGGAUUUAAUGUCAAGAAUUGGAUCAAAAAAUAUUGGCUACAUUAAUUGGGAACCAUAUUUACCAUUAAUGUUCAAUCGAAUAUUAGAGAGUUUCAAUUUACCUGUUUAUUAUAAAAAAUAUGCUCACAGCUAUAAAUAUAAAUUGGGCUCAAUGAGUAUGGCACGUUGGAUUGUCUCAACACUUGGAAAUGGCUCAAAGGCUCAAGGUUAUCUCGAUAAAUUUUUGAAAACUGUGGAGACUUUUUUGCAUCCAACCAAUAAUGGAAGUUGGGCUUUGCACUUAAUGAAAUUGGUGAAGGACAUAAGUCAAUGUUUUGUCGCGCGAUUGCAUCAAGAACGAUUUAAGAAAAAAUCAUGGAUUCCUGAAACGCCAGAUUCACAUAAAUUGACCGAUGGGGAAAUUGAUGAUUUUGUAAAAAGUAUUUUGCCAUUGGCAUUAAAUUCAAUGUUCAGUAAAUGCAUUUUUGUCGGUAUGAAUGCAUGUUUUACAUUGAAAAAUUUGGCAACUGUUCGUCCUAUUUCAGUGAUUCCAAUACUUAUGACAAAAUUUGGCGAGACUUAUGAUUCAUUAACUGAACCAAAUAGAUUUACGAGUUUAAUUUUUGGAUUAAAUGCAGUGUCACGACAAAUGAGUCAAGGAUCAAGAAAUGUUAAUACAGAUUACGCAUUCGCCGAUGGACCUUCACAAAUAAUACAACUUUUAUUUGUCGUUUUACCUGGAAUUGAUCGCAAUGAUACAUUUAAAUGUUUAAAGGUAAUGGAUUUUAUUGGAAUUAUUGCCACGCAUUGUCCAUUUAUUGAUUCAUCAAAUACACAAGCAAAAUUAAAUGAUGAGGAUCGAUUAAUUGCCGAAGUCACAUCGAAAUUUGAAGAUUUCACAUUACAAUUACUCGAUAGUAUUUUUACUUUAGUGGAAUUGGGUUCUGUCGAUUCUGUUAGACAGGAUAACGAUACAGCUGUAAUAAACGAAGAAUUAGCCGUUGAAGCAUCAACAUGCUAUUUAUUUUUUUCAAUAUUUUGUCAAUGUAGUGACAAUUUAUUUGAAAUGGCAUGUUAUAAAGUACGUGAUUUUGUUAUAAAUAAAACACACGAUUCAAAAAGUGCAGGACGAUUAAUAUUUCAUUUAUGUAAAAUGUUAGUCAAAGCAAAUUCACAAAUUGCCUUACCAAUAUUUUUAUCAACAUUCACACAAACAAUUAUUAAUUUAAUUGAUGAAAUUGAUGAUAUUAGCGAGGAAUAUUUAGAUAAUCGUUUAUUAUCAAUGUUAUUGGUACUUGGCGGUAUUGUAAGUGCGCCUGGUAUUUAUUUAUUACCAUAUAUUGAUAAUUUAACAACAAUAUUGGAUAAAUGUCGUUCAAUGAAAUCGCGUGAUGGUUUAAAAUUUAUUUGGUCAAUUUUAAGAAAUUGUUUUAAUUCAUUGACAAAUUUAUCAAUAAAACGCGUUGUGAGAAUUGAUCGCGAUUAUAAAAAUUCAGAAUGUUGUGAAAUUUUUGAUUGGGGUCAAGCAAUAGCAAUGAAAAAUAUGCAUGCCAAAUGGUAUGUACCAAGUGAAAAGGAAAUUUCCGUUGCACAGCAACUUUUUAAUAAAUAUAUGAUGCCUGAAAUACAAAUUGUUGAGGAUUUUAUCGCUGAUCCAAAAUCGGUGGAGAGACAAAUUUUACACAAUAAAUUGCAAACAAUUCAUGAAAUUAUAAAAGGAUGUGAAAUUUUACUUCCCGUUUGGAAUGAAUCGCCAUUAAUUUUAGUAUCGUCAGUGAAUGGAUUGACGGAGCUUAAAACAAAAAUUGGAAUUAAUGGAGAAAUAACAAUGCCCGAUGGUAGUAAUGUGAGGCUUUAUUUUGUAAAACUUCUCACACGCUUUCAGAAAGUUAUAUUAAAAUCCGCUGAAGAUGAUACAAAAACAAUUGGCACUCUCGUUUGGUUGUGGCAGUGCGUUCUUUUGGGACCAAUAAGAUCGUACAAUCAAUGUUUUAAAAAACUCUCGGCCCUUGAAAUGAAACGUAAAUUUAAUAAUGAAAAAUUAACGCACAAAGAUUGGAAUAUUGAAAUUGUUUGGGAGAGAUUACUUCUUCAACAGGAAUAUCGUGUUAUGUUACAAACAUAUAUUAUCACUGAAACUCAUAAACACAUUAUUCUUCAAUUAUUGGAAUUGGCAACGAGUCGAUAUGCAAAAAUACGAAUAACUGCACAAUCUGUUUUGGCUGAUAUUACAAAUGUUUUGCCAUCAAAUUCAGGAAUUGAUCAAAUUUUAUUGUCGUAUAUUCUUGAUAUUUUAUCAAAAGAUACAACUGAAUAUCACGAUGCUUAUAAGGGUGUCCUCUAUAUUCUCUUGAAUAAACAUCACAUAACACUUUUAAUGAAUCACGGUUGGGAAAUAUUACAUAAAUUAUGGCCAGCAAUGAUAUUAGCAAAAACAUCGGAAAAAUUGUCAGUAAUAAAUUUGGAGGAUGCACUUUUUAAUUAUUUAACAAAUCGUUUAUUUACAAAACAAAUUGAACUUGAAAUACCAUUGAAUUGUAUUGAUGCCGCUGAAAAUUUAUUUAAUUCAACAAAUUUUGAUAAUUCAAAACGACCAUCAAAAGAAGAAAUUGAAAAUGGAAGGCUAAUACUUGCAAGAAAGGGAAAAGAAAAUUUGGAAUAUUACAAUUCAUUACAGGAUAAUCUCAUUGAAAUUGUUAUUGAAAAAAAUCUUCAUUGGCGACGUCGUUUUGAAGCAAUGCAACUUAUUGUUGCUCUUGCACAUUCACAAGGGAAAUAUUCAUCAAAAAUUGUAAAAUAUUUCCUUCAAGGAAUGAUACAUGAUGCAAUUUCCGAGAGGGAAAUUGCAAUGAAAGUUAUUGUUAAUAGUUUAAUACAACAACGAUUAGAAUAUGUUAAGAUUGAUUUAAAUUUAUCGAACUUAACAAAAAUUGAAAAUAAUGAAAAAAUAACAUUUGGCGAGAGAAUGGAUAAUUCAUGGCUUCAAUAUAAUUCAAAAACACGACCAUCAAACACCAAUGAAUGGAAUGAGACACGUUACGUUGAUUUAGCACACAUUGGUUAUUAUGUGUGGCCAAAAAAAAUUGAAGUUGACGCACCAUAUAAUCAACAACCAACGCUCGAUAUUAAACAAAGAAAAUUCAAUUCAGUCGAGCAGGAGAUUUAUAAUUUUUUCAUAAAUUCACAAAAUAUUGAAAAACUCAUUAAUUAUUUGAGUCUUGAGAAAAAAAAGGGAAAAGAACAUUUUACAAAUACAAAUUAUUAUUUAUUUAGAUAUUUAUUUAAAAAUUAUGGUGAUUUAUUUUUUGCUAAUUUAUUACCACAUUUAAAAAAAUUGGUUAACGAUAAACAAGAAUGUUCACAACGUUGUGCAUCGGAAAUUAUUGCUGGUAUAAUACGCGGUACAAAACAUUGGCCAUACGAAAUGGUUAUGAAUAUUGCCAAUGAAUUAUGUCCUAUUAUUAAAAUUACAAUGAAUAAUUUAACAACUGAAUCAAUUUCAAUUUGGAGUCGUGCCUAUGCUUAUGCACAAUAUAAUAUGGAUCCAAAUAGAAAUUAUUGGCUAAUGGAAUGUCUUAUGGAUGAAUUGGCAUUUGUACAAUCUGAUCCAUCAUUGGUGCAAUGUGGAAAAAUUAGUAUUGUUCAGUCAGUAUUUCGACAAGUUUAUUGGCGUUAUUCAGAGGUGCUUCAUCGUUUAUUAAAUUUCGUUGAGGAUUGUCUUUUUAAUCAUCCAUUUCAAAUGUUACGCAUGUAUUUAGGACAAUUGCUAUCAACAAUAUUUACCAUUGAUUUACAAUUUGAAAUAAAUUCCAUUCAAACACGUCCAAAAACACAAAUACUCAUCGAUAAAUUAGUGCCAAAAUUACAAAUGCUCGCUGAAAAUGCAAAUUUAAUUGAUGAAAAAAAAUCACUCGUCAGUGGCGUUGCAAAUGUUUGUUUAAAUGAAAAUAACGAAGAGGACAAAGAACGUAAGGCGGCUAUUAAAAUAUUCAAAAUAAUUUGCGAUUGGAUGAGAAAUAAUGCACUACCAACAAAAUUGAAUAUGCAUCCGGGUUUUUAUGAAUUUUUUUUGACACUAUGCCAAUUGGAAAAUUGUGAUUCAGAUGAUGAAUUGGUAUCAUUAUGUUCAAGUACAUUAUCAUCAUUGGCAAGAAUUUCAAUAAAACAACGUGAUGUUUCAAAAAUGUUGCCACAAAUUUUAAAAGCAUCACGUAAUACAUCGUGGUGGGUAAAAGCGUCGACACUUGAUUUUUUGGAAGUUUUUGUCUUUCACAAUAUGAGUAUUUUACUCAGUCAAAAUGAAUGGAUUGAAAUAAUUAAAGAAACUGUAUUACGAUUACUUGAAGACGAGAGAGUUGAAGUUAGAGAAAAAUCAUCACAAGUUCUCGGUGGAUUACUUCAUUGCGCUUUUAUUCCCGAUAAAGAAACAUUAUUGGAAGAAUUUAAAGUGAAAGCGAGAACGAGAAUACGAAAGAGAACGAAUAAAAUUGCACAAGGCGCCGAUGAACGUGCAAAUACAGAGGAAAUAAAUGCGAUUGUUAAAAGGCACGCGGGAAUUUUAGGUCUAUGUGCUUUUAUACAAGCGCAUCCAUACGAUAUUCCAAGUUACGUACCAUCAAUUUUCGAACAUUUAGGAUCACAUCUUCACGAUCCUGAACCAAUUCCUGCCACAAUUAAAAAAACAAUGGGUAAUUUUAAACGCACGCACUAUGACGGUUGGAGUGAGCACGCUCAACAAUUCACCGAAAAACAAUUAGAGGUACUUCAAGAUUUAAUAGUUCCGCCUCCACAUUACACGUAAUUUAAAUAAAUAUUUUAAAAAAAAAAGUGUCUUUUCAGACAUAUGUGAUUCUAUUGAAUAUAAAAAAAAAGGAAAACUAAAAAAAAUUAUUUUUCUCAUUUUCUUCUUUUUUUUUUUUUUUUUUUUUUUUGAAUAUGUAAAAUAUAUAAUUCUAAUAAUUGACGUUUAUGAAUUUAUAAAUAUGUAAGAGGACUGUGCAAAUGUCUUUUUUUUUGUAAUGUAGUAAAAAAAAAUAUUUUCAACAAUGAUAAAAAAAUGUAUUCUAUUUUAUAAUUUUUUUUUCGUAUUAAUUACUUUUUAAAUGGUUUUAUUUUUUUUUUUUUAAAGAUCUAAGGUUCGUAAAUAUUUAUUUCGUUCGAUUUUGCUUUGGAAAAAAAUAUUUUUAUAACGCAAUAUAAAGAUUGUAAAUUUUUUUCUUUUCGUUAUUUAAUAAAGUACGUUUUCA